AGUCAUCAACAGUCGGGCCUUCACUUGUGAUUCACACCACUGUCCCUUUUGGAGUUAAAUACUUGGAACACAGCAUUGAGGAUGUCCAGGAGUUAAUCUUCCAGCAGCUGGAAAACAUUCUGCCAGGCUUGCCUCAGCCAAUCGCUACCAAAUGCCAGAAAUGGAGAUAUUCACAGGUUAUAAAUGCUGUUGCCAACUGUCCUGGCCAAAUGACUCUUCAUCUCAAGCCCCUCCUUGUGUGUGGAGGGGAUGGAUUUGCUCAGUCCAACUUUGAUGGCUGCAUCACUUCUGCCCUGUGUGUUCUGGAAGCUUUAAAAAAUUAUGUUUAGUAACUGUAUCUUUAUUCUCUACCUGUAGUUUGAAUCUUUGUUUUCACCAUUUUCUAUUACUCACUAUUUUGUUUUCUAUUUUGUUGAGAGAAAUUACUGGAAAUUUGUUCUUCACUUACUGUAAUUUUUCAUAUAGAGUAUAAAAUCCAUUUUAUAAUUUCAAUAGUUACAACCCAUGCUAGAAUGGAAAUUCUUCAUUCCUUACACCUUUCUCCACUUUCUGAAUUGCUGUGGCUACCCCUUCUUGGAGGAAAAGUGGUACUUGAAAAUAACAAAUGACCCUCUCAAAGCAUUACAGUGAAUCAGAGUAACAGUUCAUAUGCCAUAAUCUUUAUUAUCCUUGUGAAAAUUUCAAUUCUGAAUAAAGAAUCAUCACAUUAUCGAGGCGCCAUC